CUGGAAGAGCACGGGCCGCGGAAGCCAGAAGGAGAGCGGACGGUGGCUGCGGACACCUGCAUUCCUGGAGGACUCGCGGGGGCGGCAGGUGCCGGCUUGGGGAGAACGCCCCGCGUCCCUGGUGGAGGGGGUGUGGGGGCUGAACCCCGGAGACGCGAGGGCCCUGUGUUUCUGGGAGGGGUGUGUCACCGCGACCCUCCUCUCUGGCCUGCACCCCUGUCCUCCCUCAGGUUCCGACAUGAGCCCCUGGCCUGGGUCAAACCGGACGGCUCCGCGGGAGUUCGUGAUCCUGGGUUUCUCCGGGUGGCCCCGGGGGCUGCGGCUGCUGCUCUUUGCCUCCCUGCUGCCACUCUACCUGGCCACGCUGGUGGGAAACCUGCUCAUCCUGGGCCUGGCCGUCGGGGACCCCGCCCUGCACACUCCCAUGUACUUCUUUCUGGGGGCGCUGUCGGCCGUGGAGGUGGCCUACACGCUGGUGCUGACUCCGCGCACGCUCGCGGGCUUCCUGCUGCCCCCGGGGGGCCAGGCGGUGGCCCGCUCCACCUGUGCUGCCCAGAUGGGCCUCUUCGUGGCGCUGGGAGGCUCCGAGUGCCUGCUGCUGGCCGCCAUGGCGCUGGACCGCUACCUGGCCAUCUGCCGCCCUCUCUGCUACCCCCGGCUCAUGACCGCGGGGCGCUGCCGGUGCCUUCUCGCCUCCUGCUGCGUUGGGGGCUCCCUCCUGGCCUUGGGCCUCACCGUGGCCAUCUUCCAGCUGCCCUUCUGCCGGGGGGGCCUCGUCAACCACGUCUUCUGUGACCUCCCGGCCGUGUUGGUGCUGGCCUGUGGGGACCGGGACCUGCAGGAGAGGGUCCUGCUGGCCGCCUGCCUGCUGCUGCUGGUGCUGCCUCUGGUCCUGAUCCUGCUGUCCUACACCAGGGUGCUGGCGGUCAUCCUGGGAGUCGGGGGGGUGGCAGGCCGCCGCAAGGCCUUCAACACGGUGGCGUCGCAUCUCACCGUGGCCGUGCUCCACUGACUGUACGCCAGGCCCCUGAGCAGCCGCUCCCUCGAGGAGGACAAGCUGGUGUCGCUCGUCUACAUCAACCUCACGCCGUUGCUCUACCCCGCCAUCUACACGCUGCGCAACCGGGACGUGCAGGGUGCCCUGUGGCGGGUGGUCGGCGGCAGGACGUCAGGGAACGUCGUCCGGGCCGGGGUCAGCUAAUGCUGCGUGCCAGACGGCGUCUGGCCUGAGAUCUCCCCCAGUGAGGGGAAACCUCCCCAUCCCAGAGCCGUCUGUGGCUCCCCAAGACCUGCUGCAGCCCAGCGUCACAAGGACUCCAAAAUCGGACUUGAGCCGAGUUCUUUGGCUGCUGUGGACAUUUCAAGCUGAACGGUUCUCGCUGGUGGCCGUGCACCGGAGAAUAUUCAGCAGCCACCCCUUGUCUCUACCCAGUAGAUGCCACUUGCACACCACCCCCCCCCCCAGUUGAGAUAAUAAACAAUGUCAUUAGACAUUGUCAAAUGUCACCUGGGGGGAGGGCGCAAUCAGCCCUGGUUGAGAACAACUGCUCUAAAUUCUGACCACACGGUACCUUUUGAAGAGAAACGAGUGCUAAAAGGUACAAGUUUAUGGUUCCUUAAUUUAUAAUACACAACUGAAAAUAAUGCAAAUGUUCACGAACAUGGAAUAGACGCGAACGACUUGUGGCAGAGUCAUGGGAUGGGGACGCCUGGGGGGGCUCAGUCGGUCCGACUUUGGCUCAGGUCAUGAUCUCGAGGUUCGUAGGUUCAAGCCCCACAUGGGGCUCUGCCCUGACAGCCCAGAGCCUGGAACCUGCUUUGGAUUCUGUGUCUCCCUCACUCUCUGCCCCUCCCCCGCUCAUGCUCUGUCUGUCUCAAAAAUAAACAUUUGGGAAGAAAAAAAAAAAGCAGCAAGCCACAGAGAGCACAAACCAAAUGCCUCCCUGUACGUAAAAGGCCAAUGACAGACUAAUCUGUGCUGGUUGAUAGAAUAGUGGUUCCCUGGGAGAAGGAUCUGGGUUGGCACAGGCACAGGGGGAUGGUCUGGGCACUGGAGAUGUUCUAGAUCUCGAUCUGCGUGGUAAUUACAUGGGUAGGUAGGUGUUCAAAACUUCAUCAGAUCUGUGCACCUCCUUGUAUUUAAAAUGAGCUACAGCUGUUCUCCUGUUUGCGGAGCGAGCCACGGCUUCAGCGUUGCCUUUGCUCACGCUGCCUUAUGCCCCCGGUGCACACUUCCUCUCGUUCCGCAUUCCACGUGUGAAAAUGCCUCGUGUUGUUCAGUGAUCAACCCAAAUACUGCUGUAGCGAGAAUGUUUUUGUCCUCCCCCUCCCCCUCUAAAUUCAUCACGUGGAAACCUAAUCACCGGGAGCCGGGCUUAGGGGUGGGGCCUCUAGAGGUAAUUAGGUGAGGAGGGUGGAGCCCUUGUUAACAGGAUUAGUGCCUUUAUAAAGGAGGCUCCAGAACCUUCCCUCUCCCCUUCCACCGGGUGAGGCCACGGCGAGGAAGCGGCUGUUUGCAAACAAGAGGUGGGUGCUCAACACACACGAAAUCUGCCAGCACCUCGAUCUUGGAGUUCCCGGCCUCCAGUCUGGUGAGCAAUGUCCGUUGUUCAGAAGCCCCCUA